UUUCUGUCCUGCAGAAGUACAUAUUUAUUUCGCGUGGAAGACGCACUCACGCACAUGUAGAAAAUGAAGCUCAUGUUUUUGUUCACUUUCACCAUUUGGUUUGCAGAUGCAGAGCUAAAACCCCGUCAAGCGUCCGGGGUGUUAUGUACUUUCAAAGACAAGACAUACAGCCCGGGAGACAGCUGGCAUCCCUAUCUGGAGCCCUUCGGCUUUAUGUUCUGUAUGCGCUGCGUCUGCACCGAGACAGGCCAUGUGAAAUGUAACACUAUCAGGUGUCCUGCUCUGCCGUGUGAAAACCCAGUGACUGACCCUCAGCAGUGCUGCCCACGAUGCACAGAUGAACCCAGGAUUCCUGCAGGGCUGAGAGCCUCAGUGAAGUCCUGCAGGUAUAAUGGAAGUAUUUACCAGCCGGGGGAGACCUUCACGAAGCACGACCUCUUCCCUUCCAGACACGCCAACCAGUGUGUUAUGUGCACGUGCUCUAAUGGAAACAUCUUCUGUGCUCUGAAAACAUGCCAACCACUUACCUGUUCCUCUCCAGUCUCAGUUCCAGAUACCUGCUGUCUGGUGUGCAAAGAUCACGGCACCAGUGGAUCCUCAUCCACUGAGGAUGGAAACCAGCAGCUGAACCGAGGCGUUAGGCACUCCAUCGACCAGUGUGCUGGAGAGCAGCUCAGGGUGCGUCCUGACCCUGCUGGACCAUCCCGAGUCAGGACGACUCCCCGGGGCCUGAGCCUCAGCAAGCUGAACCUGAAAGGGGCUGCUGAGACCACUGUGAAGAUCCUGCUGCAGAGGAAACACCAAAGAGCAUGUUUGUACAAUGGCAAGACCUACUCUCACGGAGACAUUUGGCAUCCAGUGCUGGGGAAGGUCCUGGAAUGCAUCUUGUGCACCUGUACCGAUGGCCUCCAGGACUGCAAACGCAUCACGUGUCCCAGCCAGUACCCAUGCCAGCAUCCCAUGAAGCCAGUGGGCAAGUGCUGCAAGACUUGUCCAGAGAUUAAAGCUGAAAGCAACCAGACCCAGUGUUACCUCGGAUAUAAGAACCUCUUGGUGUAUAAAGUAGAAUCAUCGUUGAAAGUCGACACACCUGACACGGUUAGGAUAAUUGCUGUUGAAAGACAAAGCACCGCUGAGGUUGAAGUGCAAGUCUGGAAGACUUCAGAUGGUGUUUUGCAGCUGAUGGAAAUUGGGGAUGUGCAAAGAAAAGAUAUUAUGGACCAUCCAGAAAAUUAUACAGUACUGACAACAGUUGAUGAAGAUAUUUGGAGAAAAUUUAAAGAGGAGGGAGAGAAUCUGCGGGAAGUUCCUCAGACUACGAUUUGCGAAGAUGGCAUACGGGAGAUAGUGAAUUUCUUAAAUCCCAAGCACAUGGAAGGCCUGUGUUCACCUUAAUUUUUUUCUUAAUGUGACAAUCUUUAUAUCCGCAUUACAAAUACAUGAAUGACAUACCUAUUUCAUUAAGCAGAAAGCAGAGCAUACUGUAUUUGUAGGAGGAGCUUUACAUUUUGAUGUCCUGCAUAAUUCUUACCAUACAAGUAGAAUUGCUUAUUCAUAACAUUGUUGUUGAUUAGCUACCUAAGGAAAUGAGCAAGGUAUGUUGAUGACACAAAAUCCCACCAAGUUAACAUGCUGAACCAGUGGAGCAAUACUUUUCCACUUGUUUUCAGUCUCACUUUUUUUUUUUGGACCUUCAUUUUACUGAAUCCAUCCAUGUGCAUCAUGUUUUAAUUGUUAUUUGUAUUUUUUGGUAAUUAGUUAAGUUUUAAUGUUACAGUCAUGCUAAAUAUUUAGAUAACUGCACCAUUCAUGAUGCAAACAUGAGUUGAUUGAGGGGAUUUCAGCUCACGCUCUAAACAAAAUCCAGCAAAAGUGAAUGUGCACCGUAGACAUCACGGCUUACAGCUGGAGACGUUUCCAACAUCCAGUUAGUUGCUUGGUAACCAUCAGAUAAACAUCAAGUUAGAUUACUCUCCAGUACCAUGACAGUAACAAAUGUCUCUACUGUCUCUAUUAUCUCUGUCUUGACAAACGAGAAAAUGAAGAAAAUGAGACCAGAACAAUGCAAUGGUUACAAACAGCCAGCAGCCACCAUCACUGGUUGAUGGCUGUUGUUUGAAAAAUGCACUCUGUGAUUUUGAUUAUGUGUGCAGCAAGCUCUAGCUGACCUGAGGCCUUUACUCUCUUAGAUAAUCACUGUCCAGAUUUUAUUGAUUGUGUGAGAAAAUUUUGAAGUCAGUAUUUCUUAAAUUAAGUGUGUAAAAAAAUUCUCUCCCUUGUAUGAUUUAUGGUGAGUCCAGGUCCAGCGCUGGACUAAGACCAGUACAUUUAUUUGAUGAAGGGGGCAUUUCUUUGCCUUCGCUUUUACUAACUGAAAAUACUUAAUUUAAAAAAAAAUGCAUUGCUUGUAUUGGGGAACAAAAUGUAGAUUUUCAUUAUAUCAUCUUAACAAACAUGUCUAUGCAGGGCAAUGAGCCCAGUAAAUGCUACUGUCUAGAAUAUAAUGGAUUUUUCAAGGGUAUUAUAUGGUCAUCAACAUAUUUAUUGUAAAUACAAACCGAGGUUUUGUCACAUAAUUUAAAGCAUUGUACUGGUACUUGUAUGAUUUUUAUGUAUAUACCUCUGAGUGUGUAAAAUCUUUGUUUUGCAUGAAGAAGCAUUGCAUUGGAUGUUAUCUGCUGCAGCUGCCACGGUAGAUUUGAAAAAAAGUCCUAACUUUGUAUUUGAGCCAGAUGACAAAAUUAGAUCCACUGUAGUUAUUUGGACAUAAUCACAGGAUUUGGUUUAUUAUCAUAUCCUAAUGUUUUACAAUUCAGUUUUUGUUUCAAGCUGGUCAAAUGUGAUUUAACUGAAAUAUGCAUAAAUUAACUCUGUACCUCUGCUCACAAGUUUACACAUAAAGUUUUAUCGGUGUUUUA